UCCUCAGAACUUAUCUAUUAUUAUUAUUUCAUCAACAAUGUUUUAUCUUUUUUUUCUUGUUACUUUGUUUGUACAAUAUGUACAAAGUGUUCCUCAGAAUAGUUCAAUUGUUGAAUUUCUUCCUGGUUUUGAUGGACCUCUUCCUUUUUAUCUUGAGACUGGAUACAUUGGAAUUGGUAAAUCUGAGGAAGUACAACUAUUCUAUUAUUUUGUUAAAUCCGAAUCCGACCCGAGAAAAGAUCCGCUCGUGCUAUGGCUAACCGGAGGGCCCGGUUGCUCUUCCUUCACAGGGUUGGCGUACGAAGUAGGUCCAUUGGAUUUUGGCCAAAAGGCAUACAAUGGUAGCCUACCAAUUCUUGUUUCAAGUCCAUAUUCAUGGACCAAGUUCGCGAGCAUACUUUUCUUGGAGCAGCCUGUUAAUACUGGAUUCUCGUAUGCAACAACUUCAGAGGCAUACAAGUGUACUGAUCUACAAGCAUGUGAUCACGUCUAUGAAUUUCUAAGAAAGUGGCUUGUUAAUCAUCCAGAAUUCAUUUUGAACCCUUUCUAUGUUUCUGGGGAUUCAUAUUCAGGCAUUACAAUUCCAGUUAUUGUUCAACUAAUAUCAAAUGGAAUUGAAGAAGGAAAAGAGCCAUUAAUCAACCUUAAGGGCUAUUCACUUGGAAAUCCAUUAACAUUUUCUGAGGAAUCCAAUUACCAAGUUCCUUACUCUCAUGGUAUGGGACUAAUAUCCAACGAACUUUAUGAGUCGUUGAACGAGAUUUGCAAAGGUGAAUACCUCAACAUAGAUCCUACCAACAAACUAUGUGUUGAAAACUUUAAAAUGUUCAAGAAUCUUGUGAGUGGUAUAAAUGAUCAACAAAUACUAGAGCCUUUUUGUGGAACAGACUCUGAAGAACAUCUACCCCAAUACUCUAGUGAAAGAAGAUCUCUUGAAGAGGAUUUCAUUUUUCAAAAAUAUGAUGACUUUAUCUGUCGAGAAAGUCGUGUCGCCACACGCAAGCUUUCCAAUUAUUGGGCAAAUGACCCAAGAGUUCAAGAGGCUCUCCAUGUUAGAAAAGGAACUAUAAGAAGACCAUGGGCAAGAUGUAGGCAAAGUAUUCUAUCUACAAGUUACACGGUUACUUUCAUGAAUAGUAUAUCGUAUCAUGUAAACCUUAGUUCAAAAGGUUAUCGAUCACUUAUAUACAGUGGUGAUCACGACAUGGUUGUUCCUUUCCAAUCGACACAAGCAUGGAUAAAGUAUCUAAAUUAUUCAAUUAUUGAUGAUUGGCGUCCAUGGACGGUUGAUGGACAAGUUGGAGGUUACACAAGGUCUUUCUCGAAUCAUAUGACAUUUGCAACAAUAAAGGGAGGAGGACACACAGCUCCAGAGUACAAACGCAAAGAGAGCUUCCAUAUGUUUAAAAGAUGGAUAGCCCAACAACCUUUAUACAUUGGAGUUGGCAAAUCAGAAGAAGUGCAACUAUUCUAUUACUUUGUUAAAUCAGAAUCCGACCCGAGUCAAGAUCCGCUCUUGCUAUGGCUAACCGGAGGGCCCGGUUGCUCAUCCUUCUCCGGGUUAGUAUACGAAGUAGGUCCAUUGGAGUUUGCCCAAAAGGCAUACAAUGGAAGCCUACCAAUUCUUGUUUCAAGUCCACAUUCAUGGACUAAGUUUGCGAGCAUACUGUUUUUGGAGCAACCUGUUAAUACUGGGUUCUCGUAUGCAACAACUUCUGCAUACAAGUGUACUGAUCUACAAGCAUGCGAUCACGUCUAUGAAUUUCUAAGAAAGGGCUAUUCACUUGGAAAUCCAAUAACAUUUUUUGAGGAAUCCAAUUACCAAGUUCCUUACUCUCAUGGUAUGGGGUUAAUAUCCGAUGAACUUUAUGAGCUUGUGAGUGGUAUAAAUAGUGCACAAAUACUAGAUCCUGAAUGUGGAACAGACACUGAUUUCCACCCAACUCAAUCGUCUAAUAGAAGGUCUCUUGAAGAGGAUUUCAUAUGUCAAGAAAGUCCCAUCGCUAAAAACAAGCUUGCCACUUAUUGGGCAAAUGACCUAAGAGUUCAAGAAGCUCUCCAUGUAAUUAGAAAGGGAGGAGGGCACAUAGCUUCAGAGAACAAGCGUGAAGAGAGCUUUUAUAUGUUUAAAAGAUGGAUAACACAACAACCUUUUUGGGGAUAUGUAUACACAUAUAUCAUGACCUUAUCAAUUAUUAUUUCAUCAACAAUGUUUCAUCUUCUUUUUCUUGUUAUUUUGUUUCUACAUGUACAAAGUCUUCCACAAAAUAGCUCAAUUGUUGAAUAUCUACCUGGUUUUGAUGGUCCUCUUCCUUUUUAUCUUGAGACUGGAUAUAUUGGAGUUGCUAAAUCUGAGGAAGUACAACUAUUUUAUUACUUUGUUAAAUCCGAAUCCGACCCGAAGAAAGAUCCGAUCUUGCUAUGGGUAGCGGGGGGACCCGGUUGUUCAUCCUUCACAGGAUUGGUGUACGAAGUAGGUCCAUUAGCUUUUGGACAAAAGGCAUACAAUGGAAGCCUACCAUUUCUUGUUUCAAGACCAUAUUCAUGGACUAAGUUCGCGAGUAUAAUUUUUUUAGAUGAGCCUUUAAAUACUGGGUUCUCAUAUGCAACAACUUCAACGGGGCACAAUUAUACUGAUCUACAAGCAUGCGAUCAAGUCUAUGAAUUUUUACGAAAGUGGUUUAUUAAUCAUCCAGAAUUCAUCUCGAAUCCUUUCUAUGUCUCUGGGGAUUCUUAUGCAGGCAUUACAGUUCCAGUUAUGGUUCAACUAAUAUCAAGUGGAAAUGAAGCAGGAAAAGAGCCAUUAAUCAACCUUAAGGGCUAUUCACUUGGAAAUCCAAAAACAUUCCCUGAAGAAAACAAUUAUAAAAUUCAUUUCUCUCAUGGUAUGGGGCUAAUAUCUAACGAACUUUAUAAGUCGUUGAAACGGACUUGCAAAGGCGAGUACCAAAGUACAAAAUCUACUCGUAAAUUAUGUUCAGAAAACUUAAAAAUAUUCAAGAAGCUUGUGAGUGGUAUAUGUGAUGAACAAAUACUAGAGCCUUGUGGAACAUACUCUGAAGAACCAAAAUUACGUCAAUCGUCAAGUGAAAGAAGAUCUCUUGAAGAGAAUUUCAUCUUUUUAACUCGUGAUGACUUUACCUAUCGAAGAACAAGUCGUGUUGAUAAACACAAUCUAUCAGCUUAUUGGGCAAAUGACCCAAAAGUUCAAGAGGCUCUCCAUGUUAGAAAGGGGACUAUAAAAAGAACAUGGGCAAGAUGUAGGGCAAGUAUUGGGGAUAAAAGUUAUGCAAUUACUUUCAUGAAUAGUAUACCUUACCAUGCAAACCUUAGUAAAAAAGGUUAUCGAUCACUUAUAUACAGUGGCGAUCAUGACAUGAUUGUUCCUUUUCAAUCGACACAAGCAUGGAUAAAGUAUUUAAAUUAUCCUAUUAUUGAUGAUUGGCGUCCGUGGAUGGUUGAUAAACAAGUUGGAGGUUACACAAGGUCUUACUCUAAUCAUAUGACAUAUGCAACAAUAAAGGGAGGAGGGCAUACAGCUCCAGAGGAUAGACCUGAAGAGAGUUUUUACAUGUUUAAAAGAUGGAUAUCUCAACAACCCUUGUAAUCUUUUGUAAUUAGUUCAAUAUGCCCUUUGAAUUAUCUUGAGAGUAUAAUCGGUUUUGUUCAGUUUUAGUUGUCAUGUUUAUUAAAAAGUUUAUGGUGUUGUGUUUAUAUUGAAAAUAGUCGUUAG